AAGUCAGUUGAAGUUGAUGACAAUGAGUCUUCAGUGAAUCAAAACAAAGAAAAGUCAGGUCAAUCAAAACAAAGAAAAGUGGUGAGAAAGUAUGAUUCCAAGUACUUAGAAAUGGGAUUUACAUGGAAUGGAGAUGAAGAAGAUCCACGAACACGAUGUAUUAUUUGUUGUGAUCAACUUGCAAACGAGAGCAUGCGCCCAAACAAAUUGUGUCGCCAUAUUGAGACGAAGCAUCCCGAGUUGAAAGACAAACCCCUCGAAUUUUUUGAAAGGAUGCUAAGCAAGUUGAAGACAGGACAGAGCGUUAUGCAAUGUUACACCAAAGUUAAUAAAAAAUCUUUGUACAUGUCCUACCUGAUCAGUUUGAGAAUCGGGAAAGCUGGUAAGCCAGCUAUAAAAGAUACAGUUAAAGUUUUCUUUGGUGAUAAGAGUGAACAAGAAAUUGAAACAAUUCCUAUUUCUAAUAACACGGUCACGCGUAGGAUCGAUGAAAUGUCUCGAUGGAUAGAAAAUCAGCUAAUUCAAAGAGUUCGUGAAAGUACAAUUUUCUCCUUACAACUAGAUGAAUCUACUGACGUACAAGGUCUGCACCAGCUACUUGUUUUUGUGCGUUAUAUAUUAUUUGAGAAGUUGUGCGAAGAAAUGGGAAGCAAUCAUAAAUCACUUCUUCUGCACACAGAAGUACGUUGGCUCUCGUGGGGUAAAGUGCUAACAAGACUUACAGAACUCCGCGAAGAAGUUGCUGUAUUUCUGGAAGGUAAAAGCGAUUUUGCGAGAUAUUUGCGCAACGAGGAAUUUGUUCUGAGGCUCACGUAUUUGGCAGAUAUUUUUUCAAAACUAAAUGAACUGAAUUUGUCCUUGCAAGGAGCAGAAGGUAUCAGUAUAUUCGCAGUUCAUGAGAAAAUUUGAGGUUUCAUGAAAAAACUUGUUCUAUGGAAAAACUGUAUUGACAACCGAAAUUAUGACUGUUUUGAAACAUUUCAAACCUUUGUAAUGGAGAAUGAAGUAAAAGUUGAUGACGAUAUAAUCAUUGAGAUAUCUGAACACUUGAAUAAGCUGAAAGAGAGUUUUGAGUUUUAUUUCCUUGAAGAAAUGAAAAAUAUCCAAGAGAAAAAAUGGAUUAUGAACCCCUCGACAAAUGCUGAGGAAGAACUUUUUAAUUUAUCUGAGGAUGCUUCGUUAGAAAUGAACUUUAACAGCAGAAAACUGAUACAGUUCUGGGUGUCUGUUCGAAAACCGUACCCAAUCUUUUCCACUGAAGCUUUGAAGGUACUUCUCCCUUUCUCAUCUUCAUAUCAUUGUGAAGUUGGAUUUUCAGCAAUGGUAGGAAUUAAAAAUAAAUUCCGAAAUAAACUUCAAUUGUCCAAUUCCUUACGCCUGAAACUAACCCACAUUGAUAAUGAUGUCAAUGCCAUUCUUGACAGUAACAAGAAACAAGCACACACGCCUCAUUAUUAA